GUACAGUUAAUGAAUUAAAAUGCCGACCUUUCUUAUAUGUUUUGUUGAGUUGUGCGCUUAUGUAAUCCAGAAUGUUUCCAGCAGUGUUCAAGCCAGAGAAAUCAACAUGUUUAUUCGAGGUAACUCUGCCUUUCAUUUGGUUGCCUCUCGCUAUAACUUCCGGGAGCGAGGCAGAGAGUGACGAGGGAAGAAACAAGACUAAAAGAAAUGUAAAUAAAAAUGAAAAAACAUAACCUCAUGUUUGAACAUUUGUGCCUCAGUCAUGUCAGACAGAUUUAGUCAUCAGAUCCCACAUAGUGGUCGUCUAAUAGUUGUUUUCACCAGCAAGCCUUAAACUAACUUUUCCUUUAACCUUAAAAUAAUCUAAUUAAAAUGAAAGAUAUUUGUACUUUAAAUUUCCCUUCUUAUUCAGGUCAGAUAGACACAAAACAUUCAUAGAUUUGCUUAAACACUCUUCUCACAGUGACUCACACUGACAGGUAGGAAGCGGUCAGUGAAACCACAGUUGUUCACCACAUGAUUGAGCAAUGCUGGAGGGAGGUGCGAGUUUAUUUCAUCCACCUGCCCCGCUCAGAUUGUCACUUUCCAUCUCAAGACAAGCAUGCUGAUAUCCCACGCUCAUGUCCACAUCCACAUCCUGUUGUUUCCUCUGUGUGGCCUCAGAGCUGAAGGAGCUGAUGAAGGACCAGAAGCAGGAGAGCUACUGGCAGGAGAUGGGCCGAUGGGGCGGCUACGAGGAGAGCAUCGACCCUCAGUCCGGGAUGUGGGCGUCCUCGCACAUCUCCUACCUCACCUUCAGGAGCCUCAUCCAGCUGCGGCGCACCAUGAACCCAGGUGUGACCAUUUUCGACUGUGAAGAGCAGACCUUGGCCGGCAUCGCCGAGAAGAUGGUCAACGAGAUGGUGAACAAGAAUGAGAUCAGACCUGGAGACAAGGAAGGAGUGCUGAAAUCUCUGCUUCAAAACCGCAGCCAAUCAGUUGACCUAGAGAGCCAAGCCCUGACCGAUGGGGGGGACUUGAAGAAGUUUUCAGUCAAGGAAAGGGGGUAUGAAUCGGACCGCGUAGAGGCCUCUAUGGUGCUCGUGGGAGCCUUGGACUUUCUGGAAAAGCCCACGGUUACGUUUGUGCGUCUGAAGGAGUCGGUGGUGCUCGACUCGGCCUUGGAGGCUCCGGUGCCUGUGCGUUUCGUCUUCGUUCUGGUGGGCCCCAGCAAGACUGACAUGGACUACCACGAGACUGGCCGUGCCAUGUCAGCACUAAUGGCUGAUAAAGUCUUCAAUCAGGCAGCUUUUCAGGCAAAGAGCGCCCGUGAGCUGACCGACGCCGUCGCCGACUUCAUGGACUGCAGCAUCGUCAUCCCACCAACCGAGAUCCAGAAUGAAGCGGAGCUCACCUCGCUUAUAAGCUUUCAAAAGAAACUGCUGCAGGACCGGUUCCAGGCCCCUGAUACCACGCCCGGCCUGGACUCCAAGCCUCGCAGGCUCUCCAGCUCUUCAGGGUCUACACCUGAAGACCCUCUGUCCCGUACUGGCCGACCAUUUGGUGGGAUGCUUCGAGACAUAAAGAGGCGCUACCAAUACUACAAGAGUGAUAUGACGGAUGCUCUAAACUCCCAGGUUCUCGCUGCUGUCAUCUUCAUCUACUUCGCCGCCCUGUCUCCUGCCAUCACCUUUGGAGGACUGCUGGCUGAUAAGGUGGACAACAUGAUGGGUGUCCCAGAGCUCCUCAUCUCCACCAGCAUUCAGGGUAUCAUCUUCUGCUUCGUAGCUGCUCAGCCUGUCCUGGUGAUUGGUUUCUCUGGUCCUCUGCUGGUGUUUGAGGAGGCCUUCUUUGCAUUCUGCAAGUCUCAGGGCAUUGAGUACAUUGUGGGGAGAGUGUGGGUCGGAGUGUGGCUGGUCAUCAUCGUGGUGGUCAUCGUGGCCUGUGAGGGCAGCUUCCUGGUGCGCUACAUGUCCCGCUUCACCCAGGAAAUCUUCUCCAUCCUCAUCUCCCUCAUCUUCAUCUAUGAAACCUUUGCCAAGCUGGGGAGGAUAUUUAAGUCCCACCCGCUGAUCCUGAACUAUGACCAUCUCAACUCAAGUGUAGAAAAUCCAUGGCACCCAAUAGUGGAAGAGACAGUAUUGUUUGACAAUGCUACUGGCAACAGGACCGUUAAAAUCAACACAGUUAAGCCACCGUACCCCAACACUGCCCUGCUCUCCAUGUGCCUCAUGUUAGGCUGCUUCUUCAUUGCUUACUUCCUGCGGCAGUUCAAGAACGGCACUUUUCUUCCCGGGAAGGUCAGACGUUUGAUCGGGGACUUUGGCGUGCCUAUUUCCAUUUUCCUCAUGAUCCUUGUGGACUACAACAUUGAGGAUACCUACACUCAGAAACUAGUUGUUCCCAAAGGUCUCAUGGUGUCCAACCCGGCCAAAAGAGGCUGGCUUAUCAACCCCUUUGGAGAGCACCAGGCUUUCCCUGUGUGGCUCAUGUUUGCAUGCUGUGUCCCGGCUCUGCUUGUCUUCAUUCUUAUCUUUCUAGAGUCUCAGAUCACAACUCUGAUUGUGAGUAAACCUGAGAGGAAGAUGGUCAAAGGCUCUGGUUUCCACUUUGACUUGCUGGUUUUAGUCGGCAUGGGAGGGCUCAGCGCAAUAUUCGGCGUGCCGUGGCUGAGUGCUGCCACGGUGCGAUCCGUCACCCACGCCAACGCCCUCACCGUCAUGAGCAAAGGACCAAAACCUGUAAUUGAGAAGGUGAUGGAGCAGAGGGUCAGUGGCAUCCUGGUGGCGCUGCUGGUCGGUCUGUCAAUCCUGAUAGAGCCAGUCCUGAAGAUGAUUCCCAUGGCGGCCUUGUUUGGGAUCUUUCUCUACAUGGGAGUUACAUCACUCAGUGGUAUCCAGCUGUGGGAUCGUAUGCUGCUUCUGCUCAUCCCUAAGAAAUACCACCCAGAUGAACCCUACGCCACCAGAGUGAAAACAGGAAGGAUGCACUUGUUCACGGCCAUCCAGAUAGUGUGCCUCGCACUUUUGUGGAUUAUUAAGUCUAGUCCGAUAUCCCUCGCACUUCCCUUCGUACUCAUCCUCACCAUCCCUCUACGCAUGUUUAUGACUGGGCGUCUCUUCACCGAACUUGAAAUGAAAUGUCUGGAUGCCGACGACGCCAAAGUGACAUUUGAGGAGGAGCCAGGGCAGGAUGUAUACUUUGAAUCCCAGAUGCCAUUGUAAAUGUCGUCUGCGACAGCCACCAGCAGCAUUGCAUUUUAUCAAAAAAAAAAUCUAUUUAUUUUAUAUGAGGCUCAAAUGAAUGUUUCAUCUACCUAUGAGCACAAACAUGUUUUGAGUAUUUUUUCAUGAGUAGCGCAGAUACAAAUUCUAUCUUUAUAUUGAAAUACCAUCUUGAUCAAACUCCUGAAGAGUUUUAACAGUCACUCAGGUAAACUCUUUGCCUCAAGUUGUUUUGUCUCCUGUGCUUUAAAAGCCGCUGAAGCUGGAAAUUGUUGAGAAAAACAUUAACGUGUUUUUACAGAAUGGAAAGAAAUAAGAUAGACUCUUUAAACAUGCCAGUACUCUGAAACAAAUAGACUGAAUGCUGAGAGGAAAAUACUGUAGCACUAAAAAAGCCAAAAUCUGUAUGUUUGUCCAUGCAACCACACGUUGAAUGUAAUGCUGUAACAUGUGCCACUUGAGUUAUUGUUGUAUUCUCUUGUUUGAUGCUGAUGAAGUUAAAAAUCAAAAUCUCAGCUCAAAUGAUGUAUAAAUUAUGACGCAGUGAUGCAAUAGAUAUUUAAGCAAGAAUGAUCAACCUGGUAACACAGCAGAGGAAAAGGAAAACACCACAAUGCAGGAAGGAAAAACACUGACAUUUUUUACUGUGUUUUACAUUGCUGUCCUCUUGUUAUCUCUCUAUAAAUAAUAAACACUACCUCCCAAAAUA